AUGUACAAAGUCAUGUCGGAAGUCGCUAAGAAAGUUUACCGUUCAGCAACAUUUCAAUUUAUCCUGUCACAAUGGUUUCUGAUCGCAUUGGCGAUAUUUAUCAUUAUAGCAAGGUUCGCUCCAAACUUCGCGCGCCAUGGUGGUUUGAUUAGAGCUGAGUACACUAUAGGUUAUGGUGCCGUUGCAAUUAUAUUCCUUCAAAGUGGACUGAGUAUGUCGACGCAAAAGUUGUGCGUGAACCUAUCAAAUUGGCGUGCUCAUCUAGUUGUUUUGUUUCUCAGCUUCUUGUUGACAAGCUCGAUAAUAUUUGGAUUUUGCUACCUCAUCAUGUCCUCAGGAACAGAUAAGAUUGACAAGUGGUUAUUAGUGGGUCUGAUCUUGACAGCGUCAACUCCAACAACGGUGGCAUCGAAUGUCGUCAUGACAAGAAAAGCACAGGGCAAUGAUAUCCUAUGCUUAUGUGAAGUUUUCAUUGGUAAUAUAUUGGGAACAUUCGUUACACCAGCUAUGGUACAACUUUACCUCAGCACUAAUCUUUUCAGUUUUGGAAACCCUGCGAAUGGAUCUAGUAUUCAAAAAUUAUACGCGGAUGUCAUUAAGCAAAUAGGCCUAUCAGUUUUCUUACCAUUGUUGGUGGGUCAGAUCUUGCAAAAUUGUUUUCCAAAACAAGUUGAAUGGACUUUAAAAACAUUCUUUUUGAAUAAGGUUGGAAGCAUAUGUCUUUUGAUGAUAAUGUUCAGUUCCUUUUCCACUGCGUUUUAUCAACACGCGUUUACUAGUGUAUCCCACGUCUCUAUAAUAUUCGUGGUUUUUUUCAACCUUGGAAUAUACCUUUUCUUCACUUUACUGUGUUUUGUUUGUGCCAGGCCAUGGUUCAUUCCUAAGAUUUUCUCUCAUGAGCCUAGCUCUAAUUCAUGGUCACUAUAUGCUAUAUCUUAUCGGAUUUUCAGACCGUUUUAUUACAAUAGAAAGGAUGCAGUUGCCAUCCUUUUUUGUGGACCAGCCAAAACUGCAGCGCUUGGUGUAUCGCUCGUAUCGUCUCAGUAUGGGAGUGAUUUCCCCGAGUUAGGUAAACUCCUAGUGCCCCUCGUUUUGUACCAAAGCGAGCAGGUAGCUACAGCUCAAAUUAUAGUACCUCUCAUCAGAAGUUGGGUUAAUAGAGAGAUAGAAGAAACAGAAUCAAUUUGUUCUACCCAUUCAUCGAGUAUUCAAGACGAAGAAAUUAUCAUUAGAACUUCUAGCGCUUGUUCAAAAUCAUAA